AAGCUGGAAGAUCAAAGUUGAUGAUGGUUAGGAAUUAUUUUUUAUGAAUUGUUAAAAAAAAAACGCCUUAUACUCACAAAGGUAAUUCAAUAUUUAUAGUUUAUUUUGUAACCAUAACUAAUAAAGACAAUAAAUAAACUUGCAAGGGCAAUCCAGUAACAAGAUUGUAUCCUAUAUUCCCUAACUAAUUAUUCUUCAAUCUUAACAAUAGAAUAACGCAGAGUCUAUUUUAUUUCAGAGAACGAUGAAAGAUACAACCAAAAAGACAGUACCAACUGGAUCUACCAUUAAGAGAGAACAGAGUACAAAAAACAAUGAAACUAUUGCUCCAACCGAGAAUUCAGCUAUCUUGUGUAAGUCAUCCUUAGCCUAUGUUUUUAAAGAUAUUGGAUUUGUGUCUUUUGAAUUCAGCCCAAGCGUACUCACAUCUUCAAAUUCAUACUUGACAAAGCACAAGCAAACAUCGUGUCUACUCAAAGCACUAUCAAUUCAGCCCAAGCGUACUCACAGAUACCACCCAUUACGUUAAGUUCACGCUCAGUAGCUCAACGUCUUUGUUAUAAGAGGAAGAGAACAACCAAUUCCAUUGAAGGAGAACUAAUGGUGUUAUCUGAUAUUACCAAUCAAGUUCCUUCUGGAACCACACAGACACGACAAUCUUAUCUAACUGCAACGCAUGAUGAGAGAACUAUAGCGAAUACAAGAAUUCAUUCAACGACUACGCCUACCGGAUCUAAAAAAGAUUACCAAGUCAAAGGAAACCCAUGUGAAUCUGCUAAGAGGCUAAGAAAGAACGAUUCUUUCUCAUGUAAGUCCUAUGCUAUUUCAGUGCUUUGAGUGACUACGUGUUGUAUUGCUCUUGGCAGUUUAUUUGUUCUUAAAUUGUCGUUCUGAUGUGAUUGUCCAGCCCGUUCUAACCUUCACACACCACCAACUUCUUUUCCUACAAGCUCUAUACCUCUAUCUGAUACGACCAAUGUCAGUCCUUCUGUAAGGACACAGACACAACAAGAGGUUCUACCAUCUACGUUUGAAUCAUCUAAGUCCAGAUUAACAGCUAAAGGUGAUUAUUAUUUGUGUAAAUCUGUUUAUUUUUCUGAUAAACCUUGGGAAGUUAUCAAGAUCAUAACAUUAUUACUGCAUAAUUUAUAAAAUCUGUUUGUUUUCAGAAAAAGGAAAAGGAAAAGCUGUUGCCUCAGGAAAAAAAGCAAAAACAGUACAUGGUAUGUAGUUUAUGUUAUCUAGGGCGUAUUGAAUUCAAGGAAUAUGUUUACAUUGUUUUGAGGAAUUUAUACAUCCGUCUUGCUUUAUUUUAUAGCAACAGAAACAGAAGGAGUUGGCCUUCAUGUUGAUGGAUACUCGAGUGAAGAAAAUGAUGACUCUAUAUAUCAUGAUUACGAGGGUAAUCAAUACGCACGAAUCCUAUCGAUAGUUUAAUGUUCUUUAAUGUUAAAAAAUUCAGAAUAGCGAAAGAACUUAACAUGGAAUUUUUAAAAUAAAAGGUGCAUAUGAAGUCGAAGGAGAACAACAUUAUGAUUGCAGCAGUGAAGAAAGUGACAUGGAGUCUGAAUCAAAUGUGGAUUUUGACAUGUUCUCAAAAGAAUCAGACACAGUUGGACCCUCCAAAAGGAAAACUUCUUCGAAGGGGAAAAACAAGGCAGUAUACAUCGACGAAGGUGAUGCAACCCAUAAAUGUGAGCAUUGUGGGGCUAUAAUGUGGUAUGGUGAGCGCAUAAACAGGAAGAGAUCUACCCGUAAACCUAAAUUUUCACUGUGUUGUGGGCACGGUCAGGUACAGCUGCCACUGUUAAAAGAAUCCCCAGCCAUAUUGAAAAGAUUUUUGACAGAGGAUGAUGAAAUGAGUCGAUAUUUUCGUGAGAAUAUUAGAGUUAUCAACAUGGUUUUCUCAUUUACAUCUCUUGGUGGGAAAGUGGACCGCUCUGUUAAAAAAGGUAUUGGCCCUCAAAUGUUUCAGCUUCAAGGAGAGAACUACCAUUUGAUGGGUAGUCUAAAGCCACCAAACGGUGAACCCAAGUUUGGUCAGCUUUAUAUUGUUGACACAGAAAAUGAGAUAGGCAAUCGAUCUGGUAUUAUCGGGAAAUACAAGAAAUCAACUGAAAAAGCAAGGAAAGAAGAACUUAGGAAAAAAGUUAUACAGGCACUAACGGCUAUGCUAGACGAGUGCAACCCCUAUGUCCAUCAAUUUAGAUCAGCACGUGAUCGAUUUGACACUAAUCCUGACCAGACAUUUCAUAUGCGUAUCAUUAGUAGUCGAGAGAAAGAUGGAAGAACAUAUGAUACUCCUACCGCAUCUGAAGUAGCUGCACUAAUUCCUGGAGAUUUCAAUUUGGACAUGGAUAAAAGAGAUAUUGUUUUGCAAGAGAAACAGACGGGAUGGCUUAAGAGGAUUAGUGAAAUUCACCCUGCUUAUCUGGCUCUUCAAUAUCCUCUAAUCUUUACUUAUGGUGAAGAUGGGUUCAGACUUGGGAUUCAAAAGAGGGAAACGGAGGCAACAGCAAAGCUAAAGAGGAAGGCACUCAGCAUGAGACAAUGGUAUGCGUUUCGUUUACAAGAAAGAGAGAAUGAGUGUCAUACUCUUCUCCAUUCGAGGAGAUUGUUUCAGCAAUUUUUGGUCGAUGGUUAUACAACAAUUGAGGCGAACAGGCUGUUUUAUCUUAGAAUGAACCAGAAAAGUCUCAGAUCGGACAGCUAUGACUCUAUCCAACAAGCUGAAAACUCUGGCAAAACAGAUAUGCAUGAGCAAGGGAGUCGAUUUGUGCUACCAGCAUCGUUUACGGGAGGAGCAAGAUACAUGAAGAAUAUGUAUUUAGAUGCCAUGGCGAUCUGUAAAUAUUUUGGGUUUCCUGAUUACUUUAUAACAUUUACGUGCAAUCCUAAAUGGCCGGAGAUCACCAGGCAUCUACAACCCAGAAAGCUUAGUGCUGAAGAUAGGCCAGAGAUUCUCUCCAGAAUCUUUAAAAUCAAAUUGGAAUCUCUCAUGACAGAUUUAACAGAUAAACAACUUUUGGGGAAGACAUCUUCGGCAAUGUAUACGAUUGAGUUCCAGAAACGUGGCCUACCCCAUGCACACAUUCUGUUAUUCAUGCAUCCUAAUUCCAAGAUUAGAACAAACGAUGACAUUGACAAAAUCAUCUCAGCCGAAAUUCCAGAUAAAGAAAAAGAGCCAGAGCUUUAUGAAGUGGUUAAGGACAUGAUGAUCCAUGGUCCUUGUGGAGCUGUUAAUGUGAACUCUCCGUGCAUGGAAAAUGGGCAAUGUUCAAAGCAGUAUCCUAAGACACAUGUUGAAAAAACAUUUGUGAACAAGGAAGGAUUUCCAGUUUAUAGAAGAAGGAAAGAGGGGAAUGGAUUUAUAGAGAAAAAAGGAUUCAAGUGUGACAACACCCAUGUCAUCCCUUAUAACAAGGAGUUGUCUCUUCGUUAUCGAGCUCACAUUAAUGUGGAAUGGUGCAAUCAGAAUGGUGCUGUAAAAUACUUAUUCAAGUAUAUUAAUAAAGGGCAGGAUCGUGUUACUGUUGCUGUUGAACCUCCGGAUAAUGGUUCGUCGAAAGAAAAUAGUUCUGUGCCAGCAGGUGAUUAUGUGACUGCGCCUAAUUCUGAGACUUGCACAAAUACAGCUUCAAAAGAAGAGAAUAAAAAUGAGAUCAAAGACUUUUUUAACUGCAGUUACAGAUAUGUAUCUGCAAGUGAAGGUGGAUGGAGGAUCUUUCAGUUCCCAAUACAUUAUAGAUCAACUCCAGUUGAGAGAAUACAAUUCCACCUACCAGGAAAACAGAUCAUUGUUUUUAAGGAUGAUGACACAUACGAAAAAGUGACCAGCCGAAAGCUCAUUGAAAAUACUAUGUUUAUGGGCUGGUUCGAAUUGUGCAAGGUUAGUGAAGUUGCUCGGACUCUGACUUUAGCUGAGAUUCCAACAAUGUUUACUUGGAAUAAAAAGGAGAAGAAGUUUUAUGAUAGAAAGAAAGGAUUUAGUAUUGGGAGAAUCAAUUAUGCACCACGUAAGAUAGAAGAAGCUUACUACAUGCGUGUCUUGCUAAACAUUGUUAAAGGUCCGUUUGAGGAUAAGGACAUAAGAACUUUCAACGGUUUUGUUUAUGAAACAUAUAAAGAGACAUGUUUUGCAAGAGGGCUACUUGAAGAUGAUCAAGAAUAUAUUGAUGAGCUUGUGAGGACAAGUUUUACUGGUUCGGCAUCAUACAUGCGCCAUGCAUUUGUGAUCAUGUUAAUGUCUGGUACUUUGUCAAAGCCUGAAGAGGUGUGGGAGAAAACUUGGGAAUUCCUUUCUGAGGACAUUCAAUAUAAACGAAGACAGCAACUGCAUCGACCAGAUCUUUGUUUGUCGGAUGAAGAAAAAAAAGAAGCAGCCCUUAUAGAGAUCGAAAAGAUUUUAAAAAGUAAUGGAACUUCAUUGGCUAACUGGACCUCUAUGCCACAGCCAAUCCCAGACAUCAUUAAUGAAAACGUGCUGAUUAUGGAUGAGCUCAGUUACAACCGGGAGGAGUUAAAAGCUGAUCAUGAUCGUGACUUUCCAAAACUCACUGAUGAGCAAAGGAAAAUCUAUGAUGAGAUUACCGAUGCUGUUUUUACUAAGAAAGGAGGUGUGUUUUUUGUUUAUGGGUUUGGUGGAACUGGAAAAACCUUCUUGUGGAAGCUGCUUUCUGCUGCUAUCAGAAUGAGGGGUGAAAUCUGUCUGAAUGUGGCAUCAAGUGGAAUAGCUUCUCUAUUGCUACCAGGAGGAAGAACAGCACAUUCUAGAUUCGGGAUUCCUAUAAACCCAGAUGAGUUUUCUUAUUGCAAUCUGGUACCAGGAACUGAUCAGGCGGAUUUGGUGAAAGCAGCCUCUCUUAUCAUCUGGGACGAAGCUCCAAUGAUGAGUAAGCACUGUUUUGAAUCUUUGGAUAGAAGCAUGGCAGAUAUCAUUGGAAACAAAGAUAACAGACCAUUUGCCGGGAAAGUAGUUGUCUUGGGUGGAGAUUUUAGACAAGUACUGCCAGUUAUUCACGGAGCUGGAAGGCCGGAAAUAGUUAUGGAGUCACUUAAUUCUUCUUAUCUCUGGAAGCAUGUAAAAGUUUUAGAGCUAACAAAGAACAUGAGGCUGAUGUCAAAUGAUCUCACACCUGAAGAUGCAAAAGAAUUACAAGAGUUUUCGCAGUGGAUUUUAGAUGUUGGAGAUGGAAAAAUUGGUGAUGGAAACGAUGGCGAAGCUCUAAUCACUAUUCCAGAUGAGUUUUUGAUUCUUGAUGCUGAUGAUCCAAUAGAUUCUAUAAGCAAAGCGGUGUAUGGGGAUGCUGUUUCUUUACUGCAGCAUAGAGAACCUAAGUUUUUUCAAGAAAGAGCAAUACUUUGUCCUACUAAUGAAGAUGUGAACAUGAUUAAUCAGCAUAUGUUGGACAAGCUGCCAGGUGAGGAAAAGUUCUAUUUGAGCUCUGAUUCUAUAGACUCUUCAGACAGGUUUUCAAAGAAUGACCAAGCUCUUACUCCAGAUUUUCUGAACAAAAUCAAGGCAUCUGGUUUACCUAACCAUAGUCUCAGAUUGAAGAUUGGGUGUCCUGUGAUGUUGCUUAGAAACAUUGAUCCUAUAGGGGGACUAAUGAACGGUACUAGACUCCAGAUUACAGAAAUGUAUGACUUCAUGAUACAGGCUAAAGUCAUUACAGGGGAAAAGGUCGGUCACACUGUUUUUCUUCCUAGACUCUCAAUAACACCUUCUGAUAAAAAACUGCCGUUCAAGAUGAGGAGGAGACAACUACCUAUUGCUGUGGCAUUUGCUAUAACAAUCAAUAAAAGCCAAGGUCAAUCACUUUCGGAGGUUGGUUUGUUUCUACCGAGACCUGUUUUCUCUCAUGGGCAGCUAUAUGUGGCUAUUUCUAGAGUGACUUCUAAAAAAGGACUGAAGAUUUUGAUUGUCGACCCUGAAGGCAAGCCUCAGCGUCAAACAAUGAAUGUGGUAUUCAAAGAGAUAUUCUCGAAUCUUUGAUUUUCGUUUUGCAUUUGUUUCUCAGGACAAGUUAUACUACUUCCAAUUUGAUACUGCUAUUUAUUUACUUUUAAGCAAAACAAUUUGUUUCAAAUGAGUUUUUUACAUUAAGGAUAUUGUAGGAAUUUGAACAAUUCAAACAGUCCAUCAAACAGACAAAAAAAACACCACAAUUCAAUCAGCAUUCAUCAAACAAUCUCCGGUUUUUAUCCUAACUACCAGUAUCAGUUCGCAAUCUAAUCUAUACAAUUUGAUCCUUCUAAAAUGC